UGCCACACACAAGAUGGCCGCCGGGGGCGGACAUUCCCCGCUCCCACACAGGCGUAAUAGUAGCAAUGGCACUUUCUAAAGGGAAGUGAUUCAGUGUUAUGGAGUUAUUCAUUAGCUGGACUCUAUGAUAGGAGCUGGGGCUGAGCCCCCUUUCGUCUGUACUCGGCUGUGUGCUGUCUUCACCCCGGACACCAUGUCCAUAGAGGACGUUUUCCUGUACGAGGUGCCCGCCGCGGUCAUGUGCAGCUUCUAUGAGGUGAUGGACUCUCUGGACGACUCUGACUGGAAAAAGUUCGCUUCCAUGAUCAUAUUUGACCAGACAUCUCUUCGCCUCCUGGAACAGCAGGGACGCCAUCGCGCCCGGACAGAAGCAGUCAUGUGGAACUGGAUGCACAGGAACGGUCGUGUGGGAGAGCUGCUGUCUGUUCUGCAGAAACUUCAUUUAUUGCGGGCGCUCAGCAUCUUCGAGUUCUGGAGGUCGGACUACCAAUCGCGAUUGCCACCUGGUCAGCCGACUUGUCCAACCAAAACUCCUUCUCCUCCACCGCCCUACAGUCGGCCUUGUAUAGAACAGAAUCCGCUGCAGAAGAGGGAGAAGUCUCCAGGCCCUCCAUAUGCAGAAUCUGAGCACUAUGGUACUUACAGUUUCUAUUUUGUCAUAUUUUACAAUUUACUCCCUCUACCUUUUCCUGAACCGCCACCCCCAAAUCUGAAGCAUAGCGGUCCGUGUCCAUCUCGGGCCUCGGGUUCUGACAGCAGCAGCAGCAGCAGCACCAGCAGUAACACUCAUUCCUCUAUACCGGAAUCUUUACUCUCUAGAAACCUAGUAGAGCCAUCUACGAGUUUAAAGUGGACUUUCCAGGAGGUGCUGGAUGGUACCGGGAACUUCUCCCCGUCUUUGCUGAUCGGAGAGGGUGGCUUUGGCUGUGUAUAUAAAGCAACCAUCCGGAACACCGAUUAUGCAGUCAAGCGGCUGAAGCAGGAUUCGGAAUUAGAAUGGAACACGGUGAAGAAGAGCUUCCAUACAGAGAUAGAGAAACUGACAUGUCUUCGCCACCCAAACAUUAUUGACCUGGCCGGCUACUGCGUACAGGGAGAGGAGUACUGCCUUAUAUAUCUCUUCGUACCGAACGGCUCUUUGGAAGAGCGACUGCACCUCCAGGGCAGUUUUCCAACCCUCACGUGGAAGAAGCGCCUGAGUAUCGUGCAGGGUGCAGCCUGUGGGAUCCAGUUCUUGCACACCUGCCAACCUAGCAUCAUCCAUGGAGACAUCAAGAGUUCCAACAUCCUCUUGGACCAGGCUCUAAUGCCCAAAAUAGGGGACUUUGGUCUUUCGCGAUUCAGUCGGUACACAUGUGAUGCAGGCAAAAGCCGCACUUUGGCACGUACCAGCACUGUGAGGGGUACGCUGGCGUAUCUACCUGAGGAGUAUGUGAAAAUGGGGAAGCUUACGUUUGAAUUGGACACUUACAGCUUUGGAGUGGUCCUACUGGAAGUACUGACAGGACAACAAGCUGUAGAUAAUGAAAGCCGUUCUCACACUAAGUAUCUGAAGGAUUUAGUUAAUGAAGAGGAGAGCGACCAGGAAUUUGAAUCCAGUUCAAUAAAAGGAGCCAGCAAAGUGUCAGAAAACAAGCAGUCCAGGGCCGCUUCUCGUAUCUGCCACCAGCAUCUGGAUCUACGGGCUGGAGUCUGCCCUUUAGAGGUCGCCCAAGACCUUUCUCUGCUUGCUUGCCGGUGCUUGGGUCGUCAGAAGAAGCGCCCACGCAUGGUGGAGGUGUUUAAUGAGAUCAAAAGGCUGCAGGAGCUCUUGGCCUCGAUGGAGAUGGGAUAUGACGGCAGCGAUCCCUGUGCUGCUGCUUAUGCAGGCCCUGGGUCCUUUCCACCAGUUUCUGAUCUACUUUCCAGCUUGCAGGAUUCAAUCCUUAGCCCUCAGGAAAACACGGACAAGUUUACCAUUUGUGGUCUCCUUGUGAAUGACCCAGCGUUGGGCAGUGUGCGGCCUUACACCUACGGUGUCUCCCAGAGUGAGGAGGACAAGCCAAGCAGCCUCUGUAGUUUGUCUUCUUGUGAAAGUCAUAAGAUCUUUCAGAGGACUCCCAACCUGCCUGUGGAGAGUGAUGAGAGUAUUCCGGAGUAUUCUCAAUCCACCUUCUCUGGGGAACAUAGGAAUGAACUGAGAAGACCGAAGUGUAUUCCAUUACACAGAGGAGCCUUGCAGUGCCGCAGUACAGCAUGUGCAUCGCCAAGCAAAUCGGAAAGCCUUAAGCAUAUGACUGGACAAUGCCAUGGCUCUGUGCAAGAGGGAAGCAGCUUGUCGUCAUCGGGCUCACAGGCUAUCUCAAUGCCACAUCACCAGAUCGUCGUGAAUCCAGCCAAACAGAGAUUUGUGGAGCAGCUGGCGUUGUAUGAACAGGGGAAAAUAAACAGCCUAGAACUGUUGUACUCUGGAAACAGUCCAGGAAACCGCUCGGAGCCCCGGGGGUAUCCGGAAGAAAGUGACGACUUUCCAAGUUAGCUUCUCGGCAAGCCUGCGAUUGGGGAAAAGAUCUACGACUUGGCACAAAGUUCUCAUUCUACAUGCAGAUCCUUUAGCUUGCUGUUAGUGCUUAUCUACAGGAAACUAGAAUGGACGUGCAAGAUCAAAUGAAACGCGAUGAGGUUUACACGGUGGAAACAUUCUGUUGUAUGGUGGGACCAGUAAAACAGUAUUCCGUGCCCGGUCACUGCAGGAAGGGCUUGCUGUGUUUGUAUUACGCAAAGCUGUGUUCCGAGUGACAUUUCCUGUACACAAGACAGGCUGAGCUGCU